UUAAUCCAACAGUGACUUUGAGACGAUAACGCAUCUUUAGCAGUAAGGAUCACUUCAGGAGCUCAAGAUUUUCUCUGGAGUGCUGAGAGUCCUUUGAAGGUUAUUUUUGGACAUUGAUAUAGAGUAGAUCUGACAUGGCUCUACUCGGUCUAUUGAUUUUGGGCACGCUGGUUCAAGGCCACCUGGCUCUUACUGUUAGUGAGUGUGGAACUUCCCUCAGGCGUCCAGAGUACACCGACAUCGCAGUGUAUUGUGGGACUGAAUCUAUAAAUUUGGCAAUCCAGAUUUGUCCGGUUAUUUACACUGGCUAUAACGAGUCCUUGUUGAUUUUGAAUCAAAUGGCAAAUGACCCGUUGUGUCGGGGAACAAUGGAUGCGACUGCGAAUCCUCCGGUCGUGCGCUUCAGCUUUCCGCUUAGACAAUUGGACGCCUGUGGCAGCAUCUUCCACACCACCAGCGCUCCAGGCACCGGGAUCUUCUCGGACUUCUCUAACAUCCAAACGGUCAACAUCAGUGGGGUGGUCAAAUCUUUCGACCCCACAAUAGGAACAGUUACCUACAACGCUGAGCUGAAGUAUUUUUACUCCUGUGCAUAUCCACUCGAGUACCUGGUCAACAAUACACAAGUUGAUGUGUCUUCCUCCUCCAUUGCAGUGAAGGACAACAACGGAAGCUUCAUCAGCACUUUAAGCAUGCAGCUCUUCAAAGAUAUAAACUACACUACUCCGCUCAUUAUCCCAUCCGUGGGCAUUGAGCUCAGAACCAAUAUCUACGUGCAAGUCAUAGCAGCAAACUUGACUUCACAGUAUCAUGUUCUGCUGGAUCGAUGCUAUGCCUCUCUCUCAGCUCUACCCUCCAAUUCAACCUUUUUCAAUCUCUUUGUCCCGUGCUCGAAGGAUCUGUUCACCACUAUGUUGGAGAAUGGAAACAGUCAGAGGGCUCGCUUCAGCUUCCCAGCUUUCCGCUUUAUCGAGCAGCAGAACCAGACCAUUUCCACCUACUUCCUCCACUGCAUCACCAGGCUUUGUGAAACCAGCACCUGCGCCACGUUCAAGCAAUGCAGGAGGAGGAGACGGGAGAUACAGACAGCCACAAUUAAAGAUGGCCUCUCAGACACCACCCUCAUCACCUCAGGACCUAUUAAGACUCAUUCUGACACCACUCUUACUACUAAGGAAGGAGCCCUGAGCAGUGCACAGAAGGCCAGUGGUGGGGCGUCUGUAGGACUGGGCAUUGCUCUGGCUGUCCUCGUCGUUGCGGGCACCAUCGCUGCCCUCAUGGCCGUGUCUUUUUACCGCAAACUCAGGAUGCUGCGUUAACUGGCUAUAAUCCCAGAGCUCUUUUCACGAAGGACAGAUAAAACAGCGCUGGUGGAGGUGGAUCCAUAAUAUAUUUGACUUUUUAAAAGAAAAACUGUCAGCAUAGCAGACAACACAACUGCCAUUAAAAAUGCAAAUACUGCAACCAAAAAAAAAAAGUAUAUUAUUUAAAAAUGAAUUUAUUCAUUCAUUUAUUUACACUUAUAUACUUCAGAUACAAAUGUUUAAUGGGGCUAUAUUUUAAAGCAAAAUAUGUACCGAAUAGGCUGAAGCAUUUGGUGUAAUUACUGGGAGCAAUUGCAAACAAGUGAUUUUAAGGAUAAAACUUAAAUCAUAAUGGAUCUGUGCCAAAGUUGUGGCACAAUAAAGCAGGAUUAUUAAAGCACAUGAAGGCUUUAGGAUUGACAUCUUUAAAAGAACAGGUGAAAGAAAACAUGCUUUAUAUAAGGUUAUCAUAACUGCUGCAUGAAGAGCCUCGCUUUGAGUUAGCACACUUGUAUCUUAUAAAUGUGGAAGUGUGGUUUUGGAAAAGGGUUUACAGGCAUGCUUAUUUUAUUUUGGAUACUUCAUCUUAUUUAAUAUGGUAAAAAUUCAGACAGUUGAUCUUGUGGAACCUGUUUGUUUUCAAGAAUCACAUUGUUUCUGAAUUGUAUCUGUCUGAGUUUUUUUUAAUUAUUAUUAUUGCAUGCAGUGUCAUUAAUAAAAGCUUGUAGCAUUGUGAAAACAA